AGAAAUUCCCGUCCAUUCAGCGGUGGCAUGGGCGUGUCUGAGCGGAGUGCGUGUGCCCUGAGAAGUGAGUGCGGGUCGACUAGCUGGAGCGGGGGGACCGGGCUGCUAGUGCCUGGCUGUCUGCGUCACACGAAAAUGCACUCGGAUGCUGUCAAUUUUCAACUGAACUCUCAUCUAUCAACACUGGCAAAUAUUCACAAGAUAUACCACACACUCAACCGGCUGAAUUUGACAGAAGACGUGGGUCAAGACGAUCACCAGACAGGGAGUCUGCGUUCCUGCAGUACCUCAGACUGCUUUACUAAAACCAUGCCCCCACGAAAAAAGAGGAGACCUGCUGCUGGUGAUGACCUGUUGGCUAAGAAAAGUAGACACGAUGGAAUGUACAAGAAAUAUGACCACUCCAGAAUAAGAGCAGAGGAGGAAGCUUUUUCAAGCAAGAGGUGCCUUGAAUGGUUUUAUGAAUAUGCAGGAACUGAUGACAUUGUAGGCCCUGAAGGCAUGGAAAAGUUCUGUGAGGAUAUUGGUGUAGAACCUGAAAAUGUAGUUAUGCUUGUUCUAGCUUGGAAACUGGAUGCACAGAAUAUGGGAUACUUUACAUUACAAGAAUGGUUAAAAGGAAUGACCUCCCUACAAUGUGACGCCACUGAGAAACUUAGGAAUACUUUGGAUUACUUGAGAUCUUUAUUAAAUGAGCCAGCUAAUUUUAAACUUAUUUAUAGAUAUGCUUUUGAUUUUGCACGGGAAAAAGAUCAACGGAGCCUAGAUAUGAAUACAGCAAAAUGUAUGUUAGGACUCUUAUUAGGAAAAACAUGGCCCCUGUUUCCAGUGUUUAAUCAGUUUCUAGAGCAGUCAAAAUACAAAGUUAUAAACAAGGACCAAUGGUGCAAUGUUCUAGAGUUCAGCCGCACAAUAAACCUGGACCUCAGCAAUUACGACGAGGACGGAGCUUGGCCAGUAUUGUUGGAUGAGUUUGUGGAAUGGUAUAAGGAAAAGCAGAUGGCAUAACAUCCACUAUGCAUUGCAGCUGAAGAGUCAUUGUUAACACACUUGCAUCGACCAUUAGCCAUAAAUUGCUGUUUGUAUCAAAUGCAUGUUGCUUAUUUGCACAGUAUAUCCCUCCCGCCGGGGCCCCCGGUGUGUUAGCUGUUUGACAGGCCUGGCUUUAUGUGUAGCACUGUUCUCUUUACAGGCUGCUUUGCAUUUCGUAUUUACACUACAGAUUGGUGAAUACGCCAAUGUCCUCACUGUGAUACUGUGUAUAUUGCUGUUCAUUUUUUGUAUAUGCCUGUACAUAAAUGCUUAUCUUAAACAUUUUUGGUUGCUCACAUGCGUUGUACAAAUAACAUUCUCUCAUAUUGGUUACUUUUUACUUUCUUCUGUUUUCCGCAAGGAAAAAAAAAUGUUAAAAUAAAUCUUAGUUUAGUUGUGAGGAAUACCUGACAUGAUCAAUUUCUGUUUCUCUAGUAAUCCACAGUAUGAAGAAGUCCUUGAAUUUCCCUCUUCUUUCAAGUUGUUAAAUCAAAUAAUAAAUAUAGUUAAAGGGGUACUCCGGCCCCAAGACAUCAU